UUAUAUAUGUACUUUGCAAACUCGCCGGGAAUGUAAAACGUUAAACUGUUAUAUGAUUAUACUUCCAGUUGUAUGUAUCUCUUUUUAAAACAAACUCACUUUUGUUGCUUGCGUUGUGAUAUCUUGGCGGCAAUAGAAAGGAGAGAGGGAAAAGAAGGUAGGAGAAAGGUAAAAGUAAACAGUGAAAUGAAGAAAGAAUUAAAGUAGAAGGAGGAUAAUUUUUAAAGAUAUUAAAACGUCUGUAAAAGACAAUUCCCAAAAGGAAUCAGUAAACGAUUCCAUUUUAAUGUUCAUGUAAAAUAUUAAUAGUAAGGUUGUUGAAGACCUUAUUGUAAAUUCAAGAUUUUCGCAGAAAUUUUCUUUGUAGACACAUUUGUGAUGUGAUGAACGAGAUUUUAUUGAUGUAAUUCUUUGCAAUACAAAGACUUGCAGAAUGGCUUCUAAUAUGCAAUCUUUCCCGCGAAUGCUGAAAAUGUUGCGGGAAAAUAGCAAUAUCAAGGAAAAACGUGAAGCUUUAACCUAUAUUCGCAGUAACAGCAAAAAAUUAGAAUCUACACAAGUUAUUAAAGAAGAACAAUAUAAAGAAUUAUGUAAACUAAUUGUAGAUGCAUUUGCAAAUGGAAAUAAUGACAUUCAAAAUGAAGCAUAUGAAACAUUAAAUGUAGUUAUCCAAGAGUUUAAAGAUCAUACUUUGAAUCUAUUUGAAGCUAUAUCACAGAUAAGUCGAAAACAUAGAUUAAAAAUUCUAAAAUUAUUAGAAGUAGUUGAAGAAAAUGCUAUAUCAACAUUUGUACAUGAUCCACAUGCUGUAAAUUUUUUUAAUAAUUGUAUGUGUGCAGUACAAACAAAUACAAUGCCAUGGAUUGCACCAACUGCAUGUGUAGAUAAUCUUCAAGCAUUAAUAGAUGCUGAAAGUAAAUUUUCAGAUGACCAAAGAUUAGAAGAAGAAACAGUUAAUUAUUGCAUAACUUUUUUAAGAAGAUUAUAUAAAAUGGCUGCAGUAACAUCAGAUAUUAAAGUUCAAAGGUUUAAUGCAAUAUUAAUAGAUAAAGUAAUGGUAUUAGCUUAUAUGGGACAUAAACGACAACGAGGUCCUGCUUUAAAACUUUUACAACAAGCUCUAACUGCAAAUAUAUUACCACAUGUUCGUACCAAACUAGCAUCUGCAUGGACUCGAUAUAUAGAAGCAAUACAGUCUACAUACUGCAAACGUAUGUUACUUUUAGUAUCUGCAUGUGAAUUAGAUUGGGCUACACAGUGGAAUGUUAGCAUCCAGUUCCUUGGUGUGGAUCUUCACCGUGGUGCUGGUUUAAUAAAUAAUUUAUUAAGUGUAGAAGAAAAGGCAUUUAAAUCUACUGAUACAAUUAUACGCAGGCAAGCAUUCCUUUCAUGGAAAUUAUUGGUGGACAAUUUUGCCUUAGACCCACAUGAACUUGCUAGUGCUAGAAGAAUAAAGUUGUUAUGUAUUCCAUUAAAUGCUAAAAAUAGUAAGACUGAAUUAAUAGCAUUGACAAAAUUGGAGGUCUGGUGGCAUGUGAUCAUUAAACUUUAUAAAGAUAUUUCUAAAUUUGUUAAUCCUGUAAUUACACAAUUCCUAAACUUUUGUUUUGGACCUCUUGGAGAUACACCAUUAUUAUCUUCGAAAUUUGACAUAGUAGCUUCUCCAGGAAAAAGAUUCUUUAAAACAAAAGUUGUUGCAGUAGAUGCUUUAUAUCAAUUUCUUGUUUCAAAGCAAGAAAAUCAUACUGCUCCAGUAUUGGAAGAAAGACUUCCAUAUCCUAUAUCUGAUGCUAUUUUUCAAGAAUGUUAUAAAAGUAUAAUUCAUAGUGUAGGAGAAGUUCUACUUGUUUUUAGUCAACUUACAGAUGAAGAAAUGAAAAACAGAUAUCAAGUUGGUAAAAUAUUAUGGAAAAGUUUAGUCAAUUAUAUACGCGAAUCAAAAUUGGAAGAUAAGUCUAUUAUGUACAAGGAUAUAACACUAGUUAUUACAGAAUUAACAAAUUAUGUUAAAAAUAAACCAAUGAUUAGAAAUUUAAUUCUUGAUACAAUUUUAUUUGAAAUUGCUGAUUUAAGUACAGAUUUUAAUUUUCAAGAUGAUACAUUAUCAAAGUUGGUAUUUAAACUUAUACAAAUUCCAAUUUUAAAUGAAGCUAAAAAGGAUCAUUAUAAUGCAUUAAAAUGUCUUUUCUGGCAAUGUAUUAAAUCUCAAAAGAAAAAUAUCUAUUAUUCACAUGCAUUUAAUUGCUUAAAAGAAAUGUAUGAAAAAUUACAUGCACUAUUAAAUAUAGCAAAUAAAAAUGAAUCUAUCAUUUUUGAAUUAUGGCUUAUGUUAGGAGAUGUGUUAGGAAAAUAUAUGAGUGAUAUUCAAGAAAUUAAUGAAGGAAAUACUACAGAACAUAAUUUAAAGACUGUUCAAUCUAUUGUAGUAUUUCCAUUUAUAUAUAUACAUUUACAAGAUCAAAAACAAAUUCAAGAAUUGGCAAAAGCUUGGAAAUAUUUAUAUAAACAUUUUGAAAUGCGAACAGACCUUAUAACAACUGUAAAAUCUAACGAAAUUUUAUUAAAUAUUGCAAGUAUUAUGCAACAUUCUAUAACAAAAAACAAAGAAUCUCCUUAUCUUACUAUACACUGUUUGGAUAUUUUAUUAAGCACUAUCAACUAUAAGUUAUUACUGGUGAAUACAGAAAUUCCAUCUGUUAUACAUCUUAUUGUGGAUCUUGUAUUAUAUUUUUUAUCUGAAAAAGAAGCUAAAGAAUGUGAACUUGCUCUUAAAGCAAUGUCAGCUACAAUUAUUACUAUUUAUGGACAUAAUCCAGAAAAAAUAACACCAUAUUUGCAAGUUUGUAAAUCUGUAAUUGAACUUAUACUUCAGUCUGAAUUAGAAAUGUUAAACAAAGAAAUAGCAAAUACAUGGGAAAGUAUAAUUAGCAUUUUUAAAGAACUUGGUAAAGUGAUAAAUUAUGAUCUUUUUUCAUCUUAUAAAAAACUUAUUAUUCAAGCUUUAAAUCAUUCAAAUGUUGAUAUUCAAAUUCAAACUGCAUCUCUCUUUGAAUCAAAAGAUGUAUUCAGUGAUAGCAUUAAAUUAUUGUUGGAAGAGAUAGAAAAAGAAACAGGAAAAGAAGUAUUAAAUAUACUAGAAAUUACAAAAAAGGAACAUGCUCAAAUUGAGAAAUUAAACCAAGUAAAAAUAGUUGGUAGUUUUUUAAAAGGAUCUAAUAGUCCAAAGUUGAUAGUUAAAGAAUCAGAUAAAAAUAUGGAUAAAAAUACAGAAAAGAAAAUAUCAAUUGAUUCUGAUUCACAGGAUUAUGUCUUUAUUAAAACAGAUUUAAAAUUUGAUGUUAAUCGUUUAACGGAACAUCAAAAAGAGUCUUUAAAACGUAGAAGAGAAGAUAUACCAGCAUUAUAUAAUGAUUUAUCGCAAUCUUCUUCACAAGAUACUCAAAAUUUGCAAGAAUGGUUUGAUAAAAAAAAUAAAAUUUUUGAAGAAACAGAAAAGGAACAUAAUAAAAAAGAUAAUAUAUCAAUAAAAAAUAUCUUGGAUGACGAUGCAAAUAAAGAAAACAAAAUUGAAAUACAAGAAUUAGAAACAAUUAAUAAAUCAUUUAUUGAAACUGAUACAAAAUCAAUGGAUAAUGUUGAACGAAAUAUAACAUUAGAAUCUGUACAAAAGACAAAAGUUACUGUAGACAAUAAUGAAAUUUUACUUAUAGAAAAACCGGCAGUAGUAGAAAAUGCUUAUGACAAUGCAGAAGCAAAAACUUCAGCAGAUUUUGUAUCGAAAAACUUAGAUACUAAUAUCCAAGAAGAAUUGUUAAAAAAUAAAGAUGACCAAAGACUAUCUCCGUCUGUAUUAGAUAAUAGUAAGCGGCGCAAUCGUUUCAAUAUUACUGUAAAAUCUACUUUGCCAAGAUCGGAAGAAAUUGUUAGUAAUCAACCAGAACAAUAUUCAAGUACAACUGAAGUUUUGCAAAGAACGUUAAGGACAAAAAUAAUUCAAAGCAAGUCUGAAACAACCAAUAAACAAAAAGCUUCGGAAAACAUGGAAAAUAAAUCGACCAAAGAGGAUAGAAAAGGUAUUAAACGUAAAUUGGAUAACGAAAAUGAAGGAACUAAUCUGCGUCAACGGAAGAAAUUGAUGGAUACGACUAGUGAUGUUGAUAGCUGUAAAUCUUCAGAAAAUGAUAAAAUUUCGAUAGAUGAAGCGAAUUUGAGUCAACGUACCAGGAAUGAGAUAUCUCGUUUACGUAUAAAUAUGGUAUUUGACAGUCCUUUAUCAACUAGUCGUCGAUCUAAGAGUCACGAAGAUAAUAAUAAAGAAUUCGUUGCUAAAAAAUAUUCAGUAGAAAGCAAAGGUGCUAAAUUAAAGACUGGAGACAUAAAAGUAAGUGACAUGAGGAAAACUCAAAAACUUAAUGACAAAGAAUUAAAAGUUAAGGCCAGACCAGGAAGAAAAAGAUCUGAUGAAAAAUAUUUAAUAAAAAAGGAUAAAAAAAAUGAAUCGGAAGAGCAAAAAAAAGCGGAAGAAAAGAAAAAAGAAGAAAUUAAAUAUGUAGAAGUUAUUUCCAAAAAUACAACGGAUAAUAAAUGCGAUUCAUUUGAUAUCGAAAAAUCUAUUGAAUCUAAUGAUGAUGUUAAAUUCAAUGAAAGUAAAAGUAACACUCAGGAUGAUAUAGAAGAUGUAAUAGAAGAUUCACAAGGAUUAUCAAAAUUAGGCAGAAAUAAAUUGUUAAAAGUAAAACUUGAAAUCAAUAAAAUUGAAGAUAUAAAAAAAAAUUCACAGGAUAGUAAGAAUGAAUUAAAAGAAGAUAAAAUUAAUGUUGAAAUAGUUAAUAAUAAUAAUAACAACAACAAUAAUAAUAACAACAACAAUAAUAAUCAUAAUAAUCAUAGUAAUAAUAAUCAUAACCAUAAUAAUAUAGAUGAUAUUAAAUCAGAUAGUAAUAUACAAACUAUGAAUCAAGAUCAUGAAUCUAUUGAAGGAAAAAGUCAAAUUCAUGAUGAUAUGGAAGAUAUAAUAGAGAAUUCACAAGAAUUACCUGAAUUAGAGAAAAAAUAUGAUGAAAAGCAAUAUUUCAUAAAAAUAAAUAGAAUUGAAGAUAUUUCUUCUUCAGUGAAAUGUCAUGAAGUUACAAUUGAAGAUAAAGAAGUAUCUGAAAUUAUUUCAAAUAAUUGUGAUAAUGACAAUACUGAAGUUCCUAAAGAUAAUAUUAAGGAAUUUGAAGAAACCAAUGAAAUUAAUAUGAUUGAACCAAAGAUUUCUUCUUUUGUUAUUGAAAAUAAUUUAUGUGAUAAUGAAAAAGAUACUAUAGUUGAUGUGCAAAAAAUAAAUGACGGAUUAGUCUCUAAAUCUUUACUCGAGUUUUCCUCACCUAAAAGUACUAUGAAACGUCAGGCAAAAUUUAAAUCCUAUUCAUCUUAUUCAACACAAGGACGUGCUGCUCAUAUGAUAGGAUUAGUAACAAAACAAGCUAGAAUGGAAAGCGAAUCCUGUGUUAUAAAUUUAGAUGAUGAACUAGUAAGUAAAAAAAUAAAAUCCAAAGAUACAGAUAAUGAUAUAUUGCUUGGAAAGAAAGAACAAGGAUCUGUAUUGAAAGAGGCUGAUAAAAUAACAGCAUUAUGUAGUAGCAGACAAGAAAAAAUUUUUAGUAAUAUGAGAUCAACAGAUUAUUGUCCUUCACCUCCAAUAAAAUUAUUUUCUAAUUUGAAAAAUGAUGGAGAAAAAAUUUUCUCAAAAACAGACAAAUCAAUAGAUAAUGCACUUGUACAAAAUGAUACACAAACUGAUAAAAUAGGAGAAGAAACUGUACUUGAAGCAGAUGAAUUACCAAUUUUGGAAUGGUCAAAUGCAAAUCCACCUUCAUUAAAUGCAAGUCCAAGUGCAAGUAUAUUAAAACGUCAACGACAAUAUUUUCCAGAACCUGAUUCAGAUAUAACUCCUAAUAAGAGAAAGAGAGUAAGUUUUGCGGAUCCUCCGGUUUCGAAAGAAAUGGGAUAUGAGAUUACAUCUACUGAUUCACCUCAUAAAAUUAAUAAAUUUACGUCACGUGGAUUAUUAGCACGUAAGGAUUCGUCAUUAAGAUUAAAACAAAUUAAACAAAAAUUAACAUCAGUUGAUUCAGAUAAAUUAGAAAAAAGUGAAGAAAUUGAUAUGACAAGUGUAUCUGAAGUUGACUUACAAUGUGAAAGAGAAAAUGAAUUAUUAACAAAAAUAGCUGAAGAAUUAGAAUAUUCAGAGAAUGUCACAAUAGAUAGUGAUGUACAAACAUCAUGUGAUUCUGCAGAAAAUGAAUCAAUAAAUACCGUUCCUAUAGUAGUUAAUAAAGAUAAUAAUAUUAAAAUUAACAAUUUAAAUGUUGAAUUUGAAAUUACUCAACAUAUAGAAUCAACAUCUAUGAAUAAAAUAGAUCAAAAUAAAGAAGAUAAAAUUUUAGAAAGAUCAAAAAAUAGUAUUAAUUUAGAAAAUAAUGAUUCAGCAACACAAACAGAUAUAUUUGGAGUAGAUGCAAAAGAAACUAGUACAGAGACUUCUAUUAAUAUUGAUACAAGUGCUAUACAAAAUACAUCUAUUAAAAAUAAUACAUUAGAUCUGCUUAAAUUCAAUAUUGGAAAUAAUUCUAUAAUAGAACAUUCAUCAGAAAAAUGUAUAAAUUCUGAAAAUUUAGAAGAUACAGCAGAUGCAUCAAAUCUUACUGAAUUGAAUUCUUCUGCAAAUUUAGAUGAAAUCUUCUGUGGAAAAUUAAUAAGAACUAGUACACAAUCAACAGAAAAUUUACAUGAACAAGAUACUUUACCAGUCACUGAUUCAGUAUUUGGUAGUUUACCUUUGAGUCAAGAUAGUCAAUGUACAAAUGAAUUUAAUGUAGAAAUUUCACAUCCAGAAUUAUUAGAUUCAAUUCAACCUAUAUAUCCUACAUUAAUAUCGUGUAAGGAACCUAUAACAUCUAUCAUUGAACAUUUGACUAAUCCUCUUUGGGUGCAACAUUUAUCUACAUAUUUUAUAAAUAGAAAUAUUCAAUCUAUUGGUGAUCUUGCACAAUUAUCUGAACGUGAAAUAAAUAGAAUACCAGUUAAAGGUAAUUCAAAACUUGAAUUUGUAAAAAGUGUAUUAAAAUGCUUUGAAAAAAAAUAUGUUUCAAAAGAAUUAAAUAAUACAAUGGAAAAUGUAGAUAACGUUUUAAACAAUGAAAUAUCACGUUCUGUAAAUAUUAAUGUACUUUCAUCUACACUGAAAGUAUCUCAAGAACAAGUAUUACAAGACAUUACAACAAAUAUUGAUGAUAUACAUAAUAAAGUAAAUCAUAAUGUAACAUUAAAUCAACCAAGUUCUAGUAAAAUUUGUGACGUUGUUAUAACCGACAAGAAUAUAGAAACAACUGUAUCAAAAUCAUCAGAUAUAACGUCAUCAGAUAUAAUACAAAUUAUAAAUGUACCAAUGUCACCUAAAAUAAUUACUGCUUCUACAUCAGAAAAUAUUAUUGGAAAUUCUACUCCUUUUGUUAGAAGUGCAAUAUCAUCUAUACAAACAACAAAAACUGUUGGAACUUGUACUAGUAGUGAUUCUAUUUAUCUAUCUAAGACAGGAGUGAAUAAAGCAACAAAAUCGGUCGCAGCACAAAUGGCUUUGGAAGAUUUAUUAGAUGAAAUAGAUGUUAACUUAGUGCUAGAAAGUGCAGCAAGAAGAUGCACUCCAGAUAAACUUCUUAUCCAAUAUAAGGAUAAAAUGAGACAUGUAUCGCAGGUAGAAUUGGAAACUGAAACUAUCAAAAUACUUGGCGCUGAAAAUAGAAAGAAUUGUAAUGAAAUAACAUUGAAAGCAGCAUGUCGCGCUUGUGGAAUAAACAAAGUUUUACUUCGACUUCCUGAUAUUUUCAGUACUGACAAACAAUUUUUCGUAAAAGUAUUAAAUGCUUACAAAAAAAAGAUAAAGACUAGUGAUUGUAUGGAUAUUCUUGAUUUUAAUGAAGUUAAGGACGCUGUUUGUCAAAAAUGUACAUCUUCAGAAUUUGCUGAAAUGUUAUCCAAAAAAUUAAAAGAAGAAGAGCAAGAAGGAAUAAGAAAACCCAUGACAGAGUUAUCUAGUUUAGAUGCAAUGUUGAAAAGAAUGCCAAUGGAUGUAAUCAUUAGCCAUACAGUAGCAAAUGAUGAAUUAAUACCGUCGCGUGUCGUUUUAGACAUAGCUUUACAAAAUAAUAGUCCAACUGAUAUAAUACAAGCUUUGGAAUCUCAGUCCUCUGUUGUUACUCAAAAUGUUUUCAACAAACUUUGGUCUUCCCAAUUUGCAGUCGAAUAUAUUAAUCAAUGUAAAUCUAAAGAGGAUUUAUUAAAGAUUUUCAAAGCAAUUAGCUUAAAACUCAGUCAGCAAGAUCUUCUUCAAGCAUUUUAUGAAUCUAUGAAUGUUAAAUUAAUGGUAAAGCAGGAAAAUGAUUAAAGAUCACAUUUACAUUUACAGAUCCUUCUGUAUAAUAAUUUUUAUCAUUAAUAUUGUUUAUAAACGUAAAUUGAUUCUCAAUAAUAUGAUCCUCGACAUUAAAAUGUAUUAUAUAUUAUUUUUUCUUCUUAAACUAAGUUUCAUGAAGAAAUCUUUUA